AGAGAGAGAGAGAGAGAGAGAGAGUCAUUGGCAUGGACGGUGCUAGUCUCGUCUCGAGGCUGCACUUGAUAAGAUUGGCUAUGCUUGAAUUUGCCCGGGAAUGAGCUUCCGCUCAAGUUUUCUACUGGGACUUCUCUCUAUACAAAUGAAAGGAGGUGCUGUUGGGAUCAUAUCCGCUUCAAGAAAGGAUUGGAGUAUUCAUUUAUCUGCCAAGAUUGAGGAGAAAACGCCUGAACUUAAUGCUAGAAUCAAGGGGCGUUCAGAUGAUGAUAAUACUCUGGAUUCCUGCCAGCCGUCUCAAUUAAGCAGAUUGGAUACGGAGAUAUCUGGAACAUCAGGAAGAGGGAGCUUGUUGCGAGCAUGAUUAAAGCUUUGAAUGAAUGAGUUAUAGUCGUUUGUCGAUUCCAGGAUGAAUCUGAAACUUGGGAAGCUGACUCAAUUAGCAAGCAUUUGGUUGAGGAGGUAAUUUCUUUUUGUAUUGUUUCUAGUACUAAGAAGAUAUUAGGUGUUUUCAGUUUGGUUGACAGGUUGAGGAGGUAACUCCUCUGUCUUUUUAGCAGUUUAAUCUUGUCCAAAAUGUUGGGUUAUAUGCAACGCGAGGCUAGAUUAUCAAGAAUCACGUAUGCUCAAAACAAAUGGCUUGUUUCCCUUGCUGGAUAGGCAAGACACCGAA